UUGAAUUCGAUAUCUCACAUAAUCAAUUACAAUGCUUCUUUCCGACUAUAGGAUGGUAGAAGGGCAACCCUUGCACUACUACUACCCAUACGCCGAACUCCCUUUCACUUGCUACCCCAGUAUAAGGACCAUGGAACUGCGCGAAGAACUGAUGAUGCCUCAUUCACCCAACAGCACACAGAGCGAUAGUGACAACUCCUUGUCAAGUAUUGAAGUUUCUCCUAAACCCAUCAGGGCAAGAAGUGUCAUCCAGCACACCCCGAAAUCAAACGAGGUUCGUUGCGGAUGGAAAUCCUGUGGAGCCUUCUUCGAAACUUUGGAUCAACUAGCCAAUCAUGUAACCAGAGUACAUGCAGCAAGUGGUCCUGGAGGGCUAUUUUACUGCGGAUGGGAAGGCUGCUCCAGAAAUAAUAAAGGUUUCAAUGCCAGGUACAAAAUGUUGGUACACGUGCGAACACACACCAACGAAAAACCCCACCAGUGUUACCAGUGUGACAAAUCUUUUUCACGAGCCGAGAAUCUUAAAAUCCACUCGCGUUCACACAGCGGGGAAAAACCGUACGUCUGUCCCGUUCCCGGGUGCAACAAGGCAUAUUCGAAUUCCAGCGAUCGAUUUAAGCACACGAGAACUCAUCAGGUGGAAAAACCCUACAAGUGUAAAGUCCCUGGCUGUCCCAAACGGUACACUGAUCCCAGCAGCUUAAGGAAACAUGUAAAAACGUACAAACACUUCGUUCAUGAGACCAAGGUCAAUGAUGAAAAUGUUAAAAACAACAGUAUUGUUGAUAGGAAACUUGAUGUUGAAAAAGUACAAGGCAAAGUUAACGACAGCCAUUCUUGUGAUUGUACACACAUGUGUUGUGUGUCCAGUAUGAACAAAAGUAACGAUAUUAUGAGGUUUGGAAAUUUGAUUAAUUUCCGGAGGGACGAAAAAUGUGCUACGUGGAGCACGUUUUAUUCGCCUGAAGGCCAAGAAAAUAUUUUCGUCUCGUAUAAUGGUCAUCAGGAUAUGGAUAUUGAUGUACCAUUGGACUUAAGUAUUAACAGGAAGGUUUGAAGUUGACUUAGCCGAGUAUUGUGUGUUCAUUAGUUUAGUUGCGCGUUUGUUCUAUUUAUUUACGUGUAUUUAACGUUGUAAAUGGCAAUAAGACAUUGUGAUAACCUUUUUAUAUUUAUUACUGAAAAUCAUGUUUAUUAUUGAUUAAAAUUAACAUUUUUA